AUGAGUAUUGGUAUCAAGAGUCACGCGAGUACUCAUCCGUGGCAUUUGCCCGACCCUUUGGGGAUAUGGGAACAACCGUUCCUACCGGAUCCAGGAACCGGACCUCUCUGCAGAGACUGGAACACGAACCGGAUCUCACUAUCGAGGGUGGUUCGUAAAAGCCUUGUGGCUCCUACUUCUUUGGCGUGGAAGAAAAUCAAGAAAAGGGACAGCAAAAUCAUUCCAAGGAUCACUUGUUUCUUCAACAUCAUCGUUUUGUCUCUUUUGAACUAA